AGGGAAGGACACUCACUCUCCCUCCUACACUGAAGUCUCCCAAAGGGAAGCCCCCCCCCUCCCCACGGCCUGCCCCCUGAUUUAUGCCACCCCCUGGUGGGGAGGGGGAGUUCAGGCUGCUCCUGAAGUCUGACCAGACCGGCAGGACCAGCUUCCGGACCCCAUCAUGCACGCGCCAGGGGCAGCCCCUCAUAGCCCGCGUGAGUUCCUUCACCCACCACCCGCGUGUCAUGCCGAAAUGAAACGGCUCCCUUCUCCCCUGGCAUUUGGGACCCGGUGGGGCCGGGCUGGGGCCUGCCAGAAGCACACAGCUCUUUGUUAAGGAAUAUUUUCAGAAGGGAAGAAUGUGCUGAAGAGGCUCGGGUGGAACACAAGUGAGUAGUCAGCUUGGUUUGUCCCAGGGCUGGGCUUUGGUCAAGCUAGAGGCCCCAGCAUCCACGCGUCUUCCCGGGUCGUGUUGGUUCCCUCCGCCCGUCCUGCCACCCUACAGCUGUCACCCUCAGGUCCAACCUGUGGGCGCCCCUGGGCUUUUGUGGUCACCCCUGUGGGCGGUUUGGAAGGAGCCGCAGGUGGCUUGGCCCUGGCACAGAGAUGAGGAAAGGAGAUCACAGAGCGGGCACGAUGGUGUGGCCAGGACUGCAGGGGUGAGGAGGAGACUGGGUCCCGCCCGCGCCAAAUCCAGAUCAGUCCAGCCCCCGCACUGCCUGUCUGGACUCCUUUGAGCGACAUUAGCCUGGAAAGCCCCAGAGAAACAAGCCCAGGCUUCUCUGUGGAUAUUCACCAGUGGACUCUGGACGGCCCUGAGAAGGAGCCCAUAUUGGCUCGGGGCGUCAACUUCUCCAUCUGGAAAAUGGGGGGGAAAGAUCCUCAGAUCCUUGCUUUGUACUGCAGGGGAGCCAAUGAGGUUAGGAUGUAGUCCUGAGUGUCCCCCUGGGUGCCAUGUGGAAGGGGCCGGUGGGGUCCAGCAGGGCAGUCAUCCAUCCAUGGGCGCUGUCAGGAUCACUGGCCGCCCUCAUCCGCUGGUUGUAAUUCGUUGGCACCUCUCUGGAUGAUGGCCAUCUCUCUGUGGCCCAGCUGCAUCUCAGGAAGCCGGCUCAGGUGGGGGUUGAGAGAUGGUCUGUUGUGGGAUUUGUGGCCACACAGAAGCCUCCCGUGGGGACGGAGGGUAGGAGGUGGACUGCUUGCUGGCAAUGCCUCUGGCCCGCGUACACCUCUGAUGCAUAGACCCGGGUAGGGAGAGGUUUGCUCUGCCCACUUGCUGAAGGGAGGGGUGGUGAAGACUCCUGAAGGUCACGAGGUACACAGGAAACAGUCUCCACCUCCCCAGGGUGGGACCUUGUGCAGAUCCAGUGGGGUCAGAAGGCUCCUCAGAAGAGGCUGGGUACGAACUCCUGGGGAAAACACGAGAAAGCUGCCAGGGAGGGCUUGUGAACAGCAUCGGUGCACUUUUACCCUCGCUUGGGAUACAGGCCUGUGUCUUUGUGUCUAUGUGCUUUGGCAGGUGCAGGGGGGCAAGGAGGAACGUGAUCUCAAUUUCCUCUUGCAAAAUAGAGGCGCUGAUUGUUCUAGGUGAAGCCCUACUGAGUAUUAGGCACCGAGUCAGCUGCUGGGGCAUGAAAGAACGUCACAUGUGGUCCCUGCCCCGCAGCUAAAGACCCUCCUGGCAUUGGGAGGCAAGAGCUGAAACCAGCGGUGUGCCCUGCGAUCAGGCCCGUGCCACAUGCUAGGCCCUGUGCCAAGCACCAUUUACAUAUUAUCUCAUUUAAUCUUCCGAACAACCUGGAGGAACCUAGAUUCCAGUGUGUGCCCUUCCCACCACGUCCUGCUGCUUGCCGUGUGGAAGCAUGAGAUGGAAUUAUGCACAGUGUGCGGCGGGAGCACAGAAAGGGUCAGAAGGGAUUCCACAGGUCAUACUGGUCCACCUCUCAGAUUUUAAUCUGAAGACAGAGCUGUGACCUGGCCCUGCUCGCAGCAGACAAGCCUGCCCACCAUGGCGAGCCCCACUCUGAGCCCCGACUCCUCAUCCCAGGAGGCCCUGUCGGCCCCCACCUGCUCCCCGACCUCUGACUCCGAGAACCUCAGCCCCGAUGAGCUGGAGCUGUUGGCCAAGCUUGAAGAGCAGAACCGGCUCCUGGAAGCCGACUCCAAGUCGAUGCGCUCCAUGAACGGCUCCCGGCGGAACAGCGGCUCCUCGCUGGUGUCCAGCUCCUCGGCCUCCUCCAACCUGAGCCACCUGGAGGAGGACACGUGGAUCCUGUGGGGCCGGAUCGCCAAUGAGUGGGAGGAGUGGAGGCGCAGGAAAGAGAAGCUGCUCAAGGAGCUGAUCCGCAAGGGCAUCCCCCACCACUUCCGGGCCAUCGUGUGGCAACUCCUGUGCAGCGCCACGGACAUGCCCGUCAAGAACCAGUACUCGGAGCUGCUCAAGAUGUCCUCGCCCUGUGAGAAGCUGAUCCGCAGGGACAUCGCCCGCACCUACCCAGAGCACGAGUUCUUCAAGGGCCAGGACAGCCUGGGCCAGGAGGUCCUCUUCAACGUCAUGAAGGCAUACUCCCUGGUGGACAGAGAGGUGGGCUACUGCCAGGGCAGCGCCUUCAUCGUGGGUCUGCUCCUCAUGCAGAUGCCCGAGGAGGAGGCCUUCUGUGUCUUCGUGCGGCUGAUGCAGGAGUACCGCCUGAGGGAGCUCUUCAAGCCCAGCAUGGCCGAGCUGGGGCUCUGCAUCUAUCAGUUUGAGUCCAUGCUACAGGAGCAGCUCCCGGAUCUGAACACCCACUUCCGCUCCCAGAGCUUCCACACAUCUAUGUAUGCCUCGUCCUGGUUCCUCACACUCUUCCUGACCACCUUCCCGCUCCCUGUUGCCACUCGUGUCUUUGACAUCUUCAUGUACGAGGGCCUGGAGAUUGUGUUCCGGGUCGGCCUCGCCCUGCUGCAGGUGAACCAGAUGGAGCUAAUGCAGCUGGACAUGGAGGGGAUGUCCCAGUACUUCCAGAGGGUGAUCCCCCACCAGUUCGACAGCUGCCCGGACAAGCUGAUCCUCAAGGCCUACCAGGUCAAGUACAACCCCAAGAAGAUGAAAAGGCUGGAGAAGGAGUACGCAGCCAUGAAGAGCAAGGAGAUGGAGGAGCAGAUCGAGAUCAAAAGGCUUCGGACGGAGAACCGGCUCCUGAAACAACGGAUUGAGACCCUGGAGAAGGAGAGCGCUGCUCUGGCUGAUAGGUUAAUCCAGGGCCAGGUGACGCGGGCGCAGGAGGCCGAGGAGAACUACGUCAUCAAGCGGGAGCUGGCAGUGGUGCGGCAGCAGUGUAGCUCAGCGGCCGAGGACCUACAGAAGGCGCGGAGCACCAUCCGGCAGCUUCAGGAGCAGCAGCCCUCUGCCUGCCCCCAGGACAACCCGCGCCUCACCGAGGACUUUGUGGCCCACCUGGAGACUGAGCUGGAGCAGUCACGGCUGCGGGAGACAGAGACGCUGGGGGCCCUGCGGGAGAUGCAGGACAAGGUUCUAGACAUGGAGAAGAGGAACAGCUCGCUGCCCGACGAGAACAACGUGGCGCGGCUGCAGGAGGAGCUGAAGGCGCUCAAGGUGCGGGAGGGCGAGGCCGUGGCCUCGGCGCGGGAGCUGAAGCUACAGCUGCAGGAGCUCUCGGACACCUGGCAGGCCCAUCUGUCCCGCGGCGGCCGCUGGAAGGAGUCCCCGCGGAAGCUGGUGCUGGGCGAGCUGCAGGACGAGCUGAUGAGCGUGCGUCUGCGCGAGGCCCAGGCUCUGGCCGAGGGGCGCGAGCUGCGGCAGCGCGUGGUGGAGCUCGAGACGCAGGACCACAUCCACCGCAACCUGCUGAACCGCGUGGAGGCGGAGCGCGCGGCGCUGCAGGAGAAGCUGCAGUACCUGGCGGCGCAGAACAAGGGGCUGCAGACGCAGCUGAGCGAAAGCCGCCGGAAGCAGGCGGAGGCCGAGUGCAAGAGCAAGGAGGAGGUGAUGGCCGUGCGCCUGCGGGAGGCGGACAGCAUGGCGGCGGUGGCCGAGAUGCGGCAGCGCAUCGCCGAGCUGGAGAUCCAGAGGGAGGAGGGCCGCAUCCAGGGCCAGCUGAACCACUCCGACUCGUCGCAGUACAUCCGCGAGCUCAAGGACCAGAUCGAGGAGCUGAAGGCCGAGGUGAGGCUGCUGAAGGGCCCGCCGCCCUUCGAGGACCCGCUGGCCUUCGACGGGCUGGGCCUGGCGCGGCACCUGGACGAGGACUCGCUGCCGUCGUCCGACGAGGAGCUGCUCGGCGUGGGCGUGGGCGCGGCGCUGCAGGACGCGCUCUACCCGCUGUCCCCGCGCGACGCGCGCUUCUUCCGCCGUCUGGAGCGGCCGGCCAAGGACAGCGAGGGCAGCUCAGACAGCGACGCCGACGAGCUGGCCGCGCCCUACAGCCAGGGCCUGGACAACUGAGGCCGAGCCCCGCGUGCUGGAGCCAGGGGGCCACCACCCGCUCCGCCGCCGCCUGGGGCCACACCUGAUAAACUCCGUGCGCUCCGUGGUCCCGCCCACCCGGGGGCUAGGCCCAGAGCGGCGCGGCGCAGAGGGUAGGGCCGCGGGCUGAGGAUCCUCAGGGUCCCCCGACAGGCCCACUCUCCACAGCAGUGUUUACCCAUCUUGGUCUGUACCCCUCCGGGUCCAGUUCCCGGGAGGGUCUGCCCCUCUUAACAGCCAGGGCAGGGGACGACCCGGAGGUCCCAGGACUGGACGCGCAGGAAGCUCCCUCCUCCCAGCAGUCCCUCUUCUGGGACACGGGUGGCCCUGCUGGGAAGGGCCCAGGGGCUAAAGGAGGCCUGAAGAAGGGGGACGGCUCUGAGCUGGACAUUACCACCCCACGAUGCCCCUGGGGACCCUUGGCGGCUGGGCACAGAUGGCCAGGCUGGCCUUUCCUGCCUGGUGCAGGCAUCAUGGCCCCUGCAGCAGAAACCAAAGUCCCCCCUACUGUGUGCAGGGCCAGCUGGGGUGUGAGCAGACAGCAGAAACCAGCCCGGGCGUGGGCAGUGACUGUCCCUGCUUCUUGGGGGCCAGAGCAGCUGCAAGGAAGUGAAGAGACCCCCCUCGCCCCAGCGCCCCCCCAUAUUCCUGUGUGAGACACUCCCAUCACCUUGUCUUGGCCAACGAUGGAGAGGCUCCCCCACCCAAGCUAGCCUGCUCUCCAAGGGGGUCCCCAGCCUCUUCAUCCCUUCCUUCCCUGUGGCCCCAGCCCCACCCUCCCCAGGGGAGGACUCUUCCCAGUGGUUACCUCCCCUCCGCUGCUCAUGGUGGUCCCGUGGUCUUUGCAGAGUCGGAGCUGAGAACGGUGCCAAAGUCCAACGAUGCCCCCAGCCCCUUGCCCCCAGGGCCUUGCGACCCUCGGGCCUGACCCUGUCGGUGCUCCUGGAGCCCGGAGCAGCAUCAAAAGCAAUCUCCCUGGCGCUUCCUGGGGUGGGGACCCAUGGUCAGUUCUCCCGUCCCGGUUGCCCACUCCUCAGUGUUACAAAAGCCUGGGGACCAGGGUGGGCGCCCACGGGGCUCUCCCACGUGCCCCCCGCACUGCCCACCACCAUUUUGCACACUGCCUGUUCACACUCCACACGUCGCCCAGGCGGGAAAGAUGGAAAAUAAAGUGUAUUUACACAGUCACAGACAA